CAUCAUCAUCAUCAUCAUCAUCAUCAUCAUCAUCAUCAUCAACAACUCCACUCGUGCUGAGCUCGCUUCCAUUUACUUUAAUGACUGCCACCAGCAAUACCACCACAACGGCCGCCGUCACUGCUGCCGCUGCUGUUAGCACUAUGAAGGACGCAAACAGCCUGGCCACCCUCACCGCCGCAUCGACAAAGCUAGCCCAAUCCGAUAAGAAGAACAGCUUCUCGUCGCGUCCAGUGAGUACGAUCAGCGGCAACAGCAUAACCAGCAUCGAUGACGUGCGGGAAGCGAAAGUGAACAUGAUGGACAGCCAGGACUCGUUCAGCGCAAUGCCAACGCCGCGCAACACCUUUUUAUACCCGCCAACAGGCAUCAACCUCUCAGACAGCGACGGCGCGCAUUCCUCGUCAAAGGCGCCGACGCUAAAGUCGCCGACUAUUGCCGAGUGGGACUCGGAGCAACAUCAGGAGCAGCUGCUGCAGCUGCUCGACAAAAAUGAUGAGCUGCGCGACUACAGUAACGAGCUUUCCGGAAAUGCGGCCAGCACACCUGCAUCUGCCACCGCCCAAAAGCAGCAGCUUCUUUUUCUGUCGUCGUACGACGACUCGUACUGCUUGCUGACACCCUCCACGACACAUUGUGCAUUUGGGCCGGACACGCGUGAGGCCGCCAUUGCCCAGCUGCGUCGGUUGGCUGACACAAGCAACCUUGUAAACGGCUCCAAGCCACCAUUACAACCGGGCAAUCGCGUGCCUUUGUUGCUUGCGCCGCCGGCAGAUGCGCUAUCACAGCUCGAAAAAGCGCUGAUGGGCGUUUUGGCCCGCCGGAAUGUGCCAAACCGCACACACGUUUACCACAGCCAGAGGUCUGGUGGUGCAGGGACAUCGGCAUCGGCAUUGGCCUCGGGUGCUACUAGCGCUGGGUCUGCGGCUUUGUUUGCUGCCGCCACUGCGGGAAAGUCUGCACGCCGCAAGCAGCGUAUGUCGAUACUUUUGACUGGCCAAGAGAGCAGUAUCGGAGCCGACGACAAGUACGGAACGCGCUUUCGCAUUUCUGCCAUGUCUGGCGAGAUUUUCAGCAACUUAUCGUCUAGCACCACGCCGUAUACUGAGCUCAAUGCCCAUAUGGACAGGCUCACUGCGUGCAUUUCAAAGUUCCAGGCGGUAUCACCCGAAGUCGCUUCGGCCAAGUCCUCUGGCAGUGUCCGGGCGCCCUCGAUCACUGGUGUUCAGACAGUGCCAAAGCACAAAAGGCAGAGCUCACUUUCCAGUCUGGGUGCCAAGUCGAUCGCAUCCGCGCAUUCUGGCAAAGGUGGGUACAUGUCCUCUGACGGCAUGCCGCCGCUACCGUCGUAUUCUGAUGUCCACCCGCGUCUGUCGCCGGUCGACGAAAACCAGGCGAUGGAGGACGGAGACGAUUUAAAUGACAAAAUGCGCCCGCGGUCAUCGUCGGCUGUGUCUGCCACAUCGAAUGAGUCGCGCCGCCGCAUUAAUGUCACCGAGGUGCCGACGUCAUCCAGGUUCCCUGGUAUGUUUGGGUUAUCGUUGACUCCCAAGAGCCUUGCCCAGGACAAGGCAAAUGUGGCGCCCUCGGUUGCUGCUAUGAGCGUCCACAGUGAGUCUACACACACCCAAGCCAGCUUUGACAAGGCACAGCAGCACCCAAAUGGCGAUUCCUCGGUUGCCCCAGAGAUUGACCGCAUGAUGUCGUUCUUGACCAAGCCGAGCUCAAAGAGCAGCAGCUCGUCGCACAUGAGUGUGCCGGCAGUCACUGUUCGUGAGAUCACUCCAGCCAGCCGUCUGGCGCUCUGGCUCAACAUGCACUCCACAGCUGAGAACUCCAAGCCGAGUUUAUGGCGGCGCAAGCAGUGGCAACGGCGGUUUGUCAUAUUUGCCGGAAACGUGCUGUAUCUGUACAAGAGCAGCUCGCCCGCAGCCACGGCGAUUUCACUCAUCAGGCUGAGCCCGCAAACCAUUGUCUGUGUAAACGACUCGUUCCAUGGCCGCAGCUGGGUCAUCGAGGUUACCCAGACCGGCACGUCGGACAGUCAAUCGGUGCAUGGCCUGUCCCAGGGCCCGCAGUCGUGGUACUUGCAGACGGAGAUGCGCAGCGAGAUGAUUUCCUUGCUCAAGCAGCUCAAGGGCGUUGUUGGCGAGCUUCAGGUACAGCCGGACAUGGAACGCAAAGAGGAGGAGCGUCUGCGGAGCCGCAGGAAAACUCAGCGCAAAGAGGCGAAGAAAAAGACAGACGUCUGCCCGUGGGAGGUGGAGGAGUUUAGCGACAACGGAUCGGACCAGGCUGCCAGCGAUGACAGCAACGCCAGCGACAUCAGUGAGAUGAUGGGCCUGUCCAGUAACAGCAAGUACCGCAUCCCUGAUGACGAGCUGUUCCCAUCUGAUGACGAAGAGCCAUUCACAAACACCUCGGCAGACUUUGGCAGUCUCGAGGCGUACUCGAUGAGCGGCGUCGGUGUCGGCGGCAGCACAAAGGAAAAGCAAGCGGCAGGGCUAAAGUCCAAUGACUAUACCGGCACCGGCGGCAUCGCCGAAUGGGGCGCCCACCGGCUUCACAUGCCCUAUAGCCCCACGCACGCGCUCGGCAUGAAGCCCCCCAAGAUGCGCUCAUUCUCCACCGACCCAUCUGCCAUAACCGGUCGCCGCCCAUCACUGGCGGAUGCGCUGGCGCCCCCACCCUCGGCGAUGCAAGAGCUCACACCGAUAUCUCGCUAUUCGCCAGCAGCCUCCCCGAUGGCCUCACCAAUGGCGCUCCGCACCCGCAGUGUCCUGGCCAGCAACAGCCCAGUUAUGCGCAAUAGCAUGAUGAUAAAGGCAGAUGCCUCGGCUCUCAUUGACCAGAUGUUUGCAUCGGCCAGCCGCGAGCUGGCAAUUGAAAUCGAUGAAAGCAGUACUGUUGGGGCUCCAGAGGAUCAAGCAAAACCCACUGUUGUCAGCUCUGGUAAUAAUGGCCUGUCUGUGGUUCGCGAGGAGGACUAAGCGCUCAGUGCGACAAAUGUUUUGUUCUUUUUUUUGCUAGUGGUGGUUUGGAAUUUCUCUAUAUAUUUUAGC